AAAUUUUCUGGUACAAACUGCAAAUGGGGAGUUCAGAGAGAUUGUACAGGAGGAGAAAGCCAUCAAAUUCAUAAACCAUACAAUCAUCAAUCAUUCUUCAUCAUCUCCUUAAAUAAUGUGCCUGUGAUUCUACACGUACUUGUCUCCAUAGCUCUGCAUGAUAUCUAUCUCUUCUUGCCAGCUUUUUCCUUUCGCUAUCAGGUCCACCACCACCAACCACCUCCACAACCACCUCUACCAUCACCACCUCCACCUCCUCCUCCUCCUUCCCCUUCACUAUGGAGUCAUCAUGUAGCUAGAAAAUUUGGGUUAAUGUGUUUUUUGUAAUGUGUGCUCUGCUUUUCCCGUGAUUGAGGCACCAACAUCUCUGCUUUGUCUUUCUCCAUGACAACUCUUUCUUCUCUCUCGCAAUUCCCACAAAAACCCAGAAAAGUUUUGCCAUUUUCUUGCACGCGCAGAGAGAGAGAGUAAUUGACUAGAAAGUGGAGGGACAGGGAGAAAAGCAGAGAAAAUCCAAAGAAAGCAUAUUUAAGGAAAUUCACGACUGCUGCAUGUAAAGAAGGCAAAGACAAGUGUCAUGGAAAAUGACCAAAUAUUUUUUUAAGUUUUGUGCAUAUUAAUUUUCUUGAUUUCUUCUCACAACAAAACGCAAGUUCCAAAAUCUCCCUUCCCUUUCAUCACCAUCCUUAUUCAAGAAUUUUGACACAAAAAAGCUAAAUUAUUAGCCGUUCUUUGGUUUCAUCACCAUCUGCUCUCUCAUUCAUUCUCUUGUUUUUUCGAUCAAGUGUUUGUUGCUGGUUCCUACACAGACACCCAUAUCUCCCGUCUUCUUCAUCACGUGGUUUUCAAAAUUUUCCAACGGCUAGUUAAAGCCCAUAUCCAUCUUUGCAUUAAAAUUCAUCAUUGUUACUCAGCAACCUCAUAUUUUUCUGCUGGGUUGUCCUUUUCUUACUCAUAUUGCUAGAUUUCUAUAGCUUUUUCUUCUUUGCAGUGAGACCCAAGUUAAAAAUUACAUCUUCCAUGGCUUGGAUUCUUUGGUUUCGAAAGCUAUGGUUUGUGGAGCCGGUUAGGUUCCAGUCUUAUGAAUCACAACAAUGUGAGAAGAAAGAAAAAAUUGUUGCCUCUGCUAAAGAAAAUGACUUAGAAAUCACCAAGAAAAGGGCUAAAACAAGGUCUAAAGAAUUGGGUUGGGUAGACUACUGUUGUUGGAUGAUUGGGUAUAUAUGCACAAUUUGGUGGCUUUUGUUUUUGUUCUAUCACUGUUUGUCAGCCAUAUUACCUGGCUUUCAGGUCCCUGAAUCACCUGGGACAAGACUUAAACGCGAAGGCUUGGUGGCUCAGCAUCCAGUGGUUUUGGUGCCUGGCUUUCUUGCUGGAGGCCUGGAGCUCUGGGAGGGCAAGCCUUGCGCAGAAGGUCUCUUUCGAAAGCGACUUUGGGGUGGUUCCUUCUCUGAGAUGUUAAAAAGACCCCUUUGUUGGUUGGACCACUUGAUUUUGCACAAUGAGACUGGUCUUGAUCCGCCGGGUGUUCGAGUCCGUGCAGUCGAAGGACUGGCUGCAGCUGACUAUUUUGCUCCAGGGUACGUUGUUUGGGCUCUUCUCAUUGAGAAUUUGGCACAAAUCGGUUAUGAAGAGAAGAAUCUCUUCAUGGCAGCCUAUGAUUGGAGGCUCUCUUUUCAGAAUACAGAGAUUCGGGACCAGUCUCUAAGUAAAUUGAAGAGUAAAAUAGAGCUUAUGUAUGCAACAAAUGGUUAUAAGAAAGUGGUAGUGGUUCCCCAUUCAAUGGGGUCUAUAUGUUUUCUACACUUCCUUAAAUGGGUUGAAACACCUCCUCCAAUGGGAGGUGGUGGUGGUCCAGGUUGGUGUAGCAACCACAUAAAAGCAAUCAUGAACAUCGGUCCGACAUUUCUGGGUUCUCCCAAGAUGGUUACGAGUAUACUUACUAUGGAGGGCAAAGAUGUUGCAUGGCUCAGAGCUAUGUUUUCUGGUGUUUUGGAUCCUGAACUUCUCGGAAUUCAAACUCUAGAGCACGUCCUGCGGUUGUCUCGAACAUGGGAUUCAACUGUUUCAUUGCUGCCUAAAGGAGGAGAGACUAUCUGGGGUAACCUGGAUCGGUUUCCUGAAGAAGGGCAAGUUUGUGUUUUAUCAAAGAGUAGAUCCUUGAAAACCUCCAAAAGUAACAGCAGCAGUGAUGUGGAAGGUGGUUUACAAGUGAAAGAGUCCAUUAAGUAUGGAAGAAUAGUUUCAUUUGGCAAGUCAGCUUCACAAUUACCAUCCUCGGAGCUUCCCUCUUUCGACACAAAGGAAUUUUUUGGCUCACAUACCAUCAAGAAUUCAGAGUCCUCAUGUGGAGAGGUUUGGACCGAAUAUGAUGUAAUAAACAAGGAAAGUAUUCGAAAAUUUGCAGAAAAUAAAACUUUUACUGCUGCAACUGUUCUUGAUUUACUUCGUUUUGUGGCUCCAAAAAUGAUGCAACGUGCUGAGUCUCAAUACUCUCAUGGGAUAGCUGACAACCUGGAUGAUCCUAAGUAUGAACACUACAGAUACUGGUCCAAUCCACUAGAGACCAGGUUACCUGAUGCACCUGAUAUGGAGAUAUACUGCUUAUACGAAGUUGGAGUUCCUACCGAAAGAUCAUACGUGUUGAAAGUAUCCCCAACCGAUAGAUGCAAGAGCAUUCCAUUUCGGAUUGACACCUCGGUUGAUGGAGAAGAGGGUAGUUGCUUGAAAAGCGGAGUAUAUUUGGUUGAUGGGGAUGAAAGUGUUCCUGCACUGAGUGCCGGCUUCAUGUGCGCCAAAGGUUGGAAAGGAAAAACAAGGUUCAACCCGUCUGGCAGCCGGACGUACAUAAGGGAGUAUCAACACAAGCCAUCAUCUAGCCUUCUUGAGGGAAGAAAUACAGAAGGUGGUUCACAUGUUGAAAUCUUGGGAAACUAUGCUUUUAUUGAAGAUUUACUAAGAGUUGCUGCUGGAGCUAGUGCUGCUGAGCUUGGAGGUGAUAGAAUUCACUCGGAUAUCUUGAAAAUGUCCGAGAAAAUAAACCUUCAGUUAUGAUUUCUCCCUCUCUCUCUCUAUAUAUAUAUAAAGAAGAAUUUGCCACUGCGAGAGUUGUCGACACUCGACCGACUUCAAUGCACAGAAAUGCUGGGUAGCCCUAUAUGAGUUGCAGCAUUCAGGUUUGAAGUGUUAUGAGUGCAUAGGCAAGUAGGAACCAUGAGCUCUUGAUAUAUUCAGGAAGUGCCCUACAUAAGGUCACUAGUGCCCCAGUGGUUGAGAUUUUACAAAUUGGGCUUCCCAUUUAUGUGAGUUUAUAUAAUGAAAUAAAUGAUGAAACUUGUUUUUGGUUGCUAAUCAUCAAGUGACCAUAGCUUGUAAUCUUGUUUUUGGCAAAUAACAUAUUUGAAAGAAGUUAUAAAGAUCAAGUUUUUGUUUUUCCCA